AUGGCAGAGCUUAGUAUAUCCACGACAACGUUAUGGCAGAACCGAAAAUGCCUGUUCCUCUGCUCUCUGGUCUCGAUGGCCAACCUGCAAUAUGGAUUUGACCUGGCUGCCAUUGGAUCUCUCCAGGCUAUGCCGGGCUUCCUCAAAGUAUUCGGAUACGCAGAUCCAGGCUCUGAUACAGGAUAUGCAAUUGACAGCACAGUACAACAGCUGAUAACAUCGCUCCUCACCCUGGGCUCCUUCGUCUCUUCUCUGGUAGCAGGCCUCUUCUCAGCCUACCUAGGCCGCCGGCAUGCCCUGUGGCUCGCGUGCAUCGUCAACGCCAUCGCAUGCGCCAUCCAAAUAGGCGCCCCUUCGGCAGGACCGCUAUACGUUGGACGACUACUGCUAGGAUUCGCGAAUGGGUUCCUGGUUACAUUCUCCAACAUCUACACUGCAGAGGCAUCACCGGCCCAUCUGCGCGGCGUGAUGGUUGCUCUGUUCGCGUACUGGGUGAACAUCGGUAGUAUUCUUGGCGCUGCGGUGGACAACAAGACGAAGGAGAGGAUGGACCGCCUUUCAUAUCGGAUUCCCUUGGCCUGUCUAUACAUCGUCCCCACGUUUCUCUUCAUGGCGUUGUUCUUCGUCCCCGAGAGUCCGCGGUGGCUUCUCCAUCGGGGUAAAGUCCCAGCGGCGAGACAAGCGCUUGAACAGCUUCGCGGCACCAGCUACGCUACCCUCCGUGCAUCAUCCAGCGGUGACGAAAGUGGCGACGAGACGGCCCCAUCUCUUCUAGAACUAGAAUGGGCGGAGAUGAUCAAGGGCGUCGAGGAAGAAAGACGCGAGCAGGGUACCGUUACAGCGUUAGACAUGUUCCGGGGGAUCGAUCUCCGCCGCACAAUCCUCUGCUACUGCAUGAUCGGCUGCCAAUCGGCGUCCGGCGUGUGGUUCCUCAUCGGCUACCAAACGUACUUCUUCACCGUCUCCGGGAUCACCAAAGCCUUCGAGUUCUCGAUCAUGAACACCUGCUUCGGCUUCCUGGGCGUCAACAUCGGCAUGUACGCCAUCCGCAACUGGCUCGGCCGGCGCGCAAUCCUCAUGCUGGGCGCCAUCGCCUGCGGACUCUGCCAACUCGGAAGCGCCAUCGCCGCCACCGUGAGCUCCAACUCUCUCCCUACCGGUCAGGCCCUGGUAGCCUUCACGGCGCCGUUCAUGUUCUUUUACAACGGCUGCGUGGGUGCCGCGAGCUACCCCGUCGCGACGGAGCUGGUCAGCUCGAGACUGCGCGCGUGGACCGUCGGCACGGCCACGUCGCUGGGCUACCUGCUGGCUUGGUUGGUGAACUUCUGUACGCCGUACUUUAUUAACCCGGAGCAUUUGAAUUGGGGCGCCCGCUACGGCUAUAUCUGGGCUGCGUCCAACCUGGCCUGUGUCGUCUUCUUCUACUUCUUUAUCCCCGAGAUGAAGGGUCGCUCCCUGGAGGAGUUGGAUGAGAUCUUCGCUGCCGGGGUCUCGGCUCGCAAGUUCGCGUCCUAUCAGUGUCUUAUUGGGGAGGCGGCUAGAAUUGAUGCUGUCAAUGCGCAGGGUCAUAAACAUACCUUGGAUAUGUAG